AUGCGUUUAUGGUCCUUAAUAGGCUCCAUAUUCAAGCUUCCUGACCAAGAUAUAUACGAACUUGACCACGAACGUGGAAGAUGGUUCUACUGGAGACAAGGCUUUUCCGAAAAUCAUUACACAUGGAAAAACGAGUUCAGAUUCUUUUACAGACACGCUGUAUGGAUACCAGUCCACAAUUGUGUCUUGGCGGCAAGGUUUAAUGAAUGGCGCCAAUGCCGGGUUGAAACAGGUUCCGCUCUUGACUACGAAAUUUAUCUUUUUGAGUAUGAAACAGUGGAAUUGUUACCAAGGCUUUCCAUGCAGACACGUUGGAAAGUGGAAAAUAUUGUAUCAGGCUAUUCGAAGGAUAAGGCUGAGUUCGAUUCUAAAGUAGGCCAGGUCUUAGAUAACCAAAGGUAUGCACUCGAAAAUUUGGCAAGAAAGCUCUCGAAUGAAUCUUUCAUGGCAUGCGUCCCAAGUCCCGGAAUGACUGACAUCAUGGAAAGUCAUCUAGUUAUCAACAGCGACUUCGCCACUCAUUUUGAAGCUCGUUUCGCUGAACAUGCCAUGGCAAUGGCCACGCUUUCAUCGAACUCUGGCCCUGGAGAAGCAGCAAUUGUUAGGCAAUACUUAGAGGUUUUUCAGGAAGAAAUCCCAUGGACUAAGUAUGUGAGUGCCUGCGCGGACGAGGCCGAGGCCAACUUUGUCUUCCUGAUUGAAGCACUCUCCUCGUAUUUUACAUACGAGGUUGCCAAGGCCGAAUUUGCAAAGCAAUUGAAGGUUUCACUAUUGUGUUUCGCUGUUUUCGUUCUCGUUGGCAUUUGGAACUCGUGGCACUCUGGUAUAGAGUUCGGUUUUUGGUUCACUCGGAGACUCGGCUUUAUGGCGCUAGCCUUCACAAUAAUUAUAGGACCUACCGUUCCUGACUUGUACAGAAGUCGAGUGCCUUCGUUGUUGAAUCCAAGGACAUGGUCUCACAAGGGCUUCUUGUUGGAACACGCUAGACAGAUUCUUCAGUCCAGUCGUUCUUCUCACGAUCUAGAACCAAGAAAUACACAUUCACUCUGGAAGUCAGGAACCUUCGGCCACUGUGCGGACGAAUUACUCAAUUUGACUCCAGUAACCAAAGAAGGUCUUCAGUUUUGGUGCAACAGAUUCUAUUACUCUCUCACAGACGAGCAAAAGGAUAGAGUGGUCCAGGAAAUGACAGAUCUACAGGAACUCGGGCAAGAGUUCAUUGACAAGCUUGCGCUGUGUGCCGUUCCUAUCUCGGAACACCUAAUUUCCCAAGUUAAAUGGAUGUCUGAUUUCGAAAGUCAGCCCCAAUUGAGCUCUGAUAUCAACGAGUUCGAGCCUUCGAGCGAAGACGACCUUCAUUGGAUGUUGUUACUGAACUAUCAGGAAGAUCUUGAUUAUUUAAUUGAAUUUCUGCAAUCAAAUUUUGAAUUUUUACCAGAAACAACUCUUUUGGGUAUGCCUUUGAAGGCCACACUUCAGCAGCACUACAAGACGGAGUAUUCCAGAUACAAGAAAAUUGUUGAAGACUUCUAUGACUCGGUAGACUAUCUGCGUUAUUGUCUCCAGGUAUGCCAUGAAUGGACUAUAAUUCUUUGCGGAAUCAGUCACGCUGUCACAGCACUGCUCAUGCUCAUUGCUAUGUCACUAAUGCUAUUGUCAGUUGGUGAAUCAAUUAAAAGCGACGGGUAUUCAGAAGCGGCUAUUCUUUGCGGGAAGUUAGGCACUCUCGGGCUUUGGAUCUUCAUUCCAACCCAUAUUUUGAUCCGUUGCGUGAGAGCAUUUGUUAAAACAGGCUUCAGAGAUGAUGAAGACUAUGUGGAGUAUUUACUUGCAAGGGUUUUGUGA